AUGAGGACUCAAAUAGACUUGCUCACAAAGCACAUUGUUGCCAAGUCUGAAAAGGUGAAUGUUGUGGGACAGCAGAAAAGGUAUGAAGAUCAGGAUCUUGACAUUGAUGAGGAAGCUAAUUAUUUGGGGAAUCAAGGAGGUUUUCGGAAUUAUAAAUCUGGAAAUAAAGGUUACAAUUCUGGAAAUGCAGGUAAUAGAGACCGGGGUAGUGGUAAUUCUACCGGGUCUAAGCUGGAGGACAUGAUGGCUAAGGUCUUGGAGCAAGCUAGAAGAGAAGAGGAUGAGAAUAUACAGAUUCCCAGGCCACCUCCUCCUUUCCCUCAAAGGCUCAAAAAGAAAGCUGAAGAUGGAAAGUUUACGAGAUUCAUCACCAUGCUGAAACAACUUUCAGUAAACAUUCCAUUAGUUGAAGCCCUAGAGCAGAUGCCAGGAUAUGCCAAGUUCAUGAAAGACUUGAUCACCAAGAAAAGAGCUGAAAAAGAGGAUCCAGGUGCAUUCACAAUACCAUGCACCAUUGGGUCAAUCAAGUUUGCAAAAGCUUUAUGUGAUCUAGGAGCUAGAACAAAUUUGAUGCCUUUAGCCAUUUAUAAAAAGUUAGGUUUGGGAGUACCAAAACCUACAGCAAUGAGGUUGAUGAUGGCCGAUAGAUCUGUAAAGAGGCCAGUGGGAAUCCUAUGUGAUGUACUAGUAAAGGUGGAUACUUUCAUUUUUCCAACUGAUUUUGUGAUUUUGGAUUGUGAAAUAGAUUUUGAAGUUCCCAUAAUUUUGGGAAGACCCUCUUUGGCCACGGGAAGAGCUUUAGUGGAUGUUAAGAGAGGAGAGUUGAAAUUCAGACUCAACACAAAUGAGGUAAGGUUCAAUAUUUGCAGGUCAAUGAAACAACCAUGA